UUCAUUUCAUCUGUUGUACUUACUGACUUCCUAACUAUUUUAGGUGUUUGUUACAGAAAUGACAGAUGUUUGUGCACAAUGCAAGACAUGGAGAAAAAAGCAAUACUGGAAUGAAUUUCCUGAUAACAAACACCAUUUUUUCAAGAUUAUGCUAGGAGACUUUGAGAACUAUCUGAGAAUUCCGAGGAAAUUCAAAGACGAGUACAGGGAGAAAUUAUCACAAAGGGUGACCCUUAGAGGCCCGAGUGGAGACUCUUGGACAGCAGCGCUUGCACAAAGAGGAGAGGACAUUGAGCUGAGAAAUGGGUGGCGAGAUUUUGUCAAGGACCACAGCCUAGAAGAAGGGGAUUUUCUAGUCUUCCAGCAUGUUGAAAGUUCAUUGUUUAAUGUGCUGAUAUUUGAUAAAACUGGGUGUGAGAGAGAGGACUCUCACUUUGUUAUACAAGGUAGGGACAUACGCGCUGAGAAUUGUUGCUACAUGCGCGACAAUAAGAGUCAACAAACAGAUAGACCUUCAACAAGAUUUGAGGAGGACGAGGUGGUGGAUGACAAGGAUGAUGAUGAUGAAGAGGAGGACGAGGAUGAAGAAAUCCAACAAGAAACUAUAGGAAAAGGAACCAAAUCACGGACUGGGAAAGGAAAGUGCUAUGAAUCGAACAGAAGACCGUUAACAAAAAAGGAUAAGGAGAGAGCUUUUCGUUUGGCUUCCAAGCAUUCAACGACACGACCUUCUUGCAAGAUCAGGAUGAAGCAGAGCCAUGUUCACCAUUUAUUUAUACUGGCAUGUAUUUAUACCCAAAUUCUGGAUUUCUACAUAACUUAAUUAUUAACAACAGCUAAUAAUUAGACAUUUUAUGAUGCAGACAAUCCCAAGGGAGUUUGCAGAUAACUGCCUUCCUAUGGAGUCUCAAGAAAUUAAGCUGAGGGUCGGUUCCAAGAUCUGGCGAGUUAGCCUUAACCGCAGGAAUGUUCAAUGCACACUGAAUAAAGGGUGGGCACAUUUUGUGCUUGACAAUAACUUGGAAACAGAAGACUAUUGUGUUCUAGAGCUGGCAGAUACAGGGACAAGCCAACAGCCACUUACCCUGGAUGUUCACAUAUAUCGAGCUGUGGAAAAAAUAGUUCCUUUGAAAGUAAUUUUGCCUUGACCAUUAUUGUUAUCUGCAAAAAGAUGUAAUAGUCAAAAGGUUUCUUAGCCUUUUCAGCAACUAAUUGUAUUCUCUUAAGGUUAAUAAUUAAGCCACUCAUGGAGAUUUCUAGCAAUGCAAUUUGAACUGUCAAAAAUUUGUAAUCAGAAUUCCUUGCAUGUAUAAUCAUAAGUAUAAAUGUACAAGCAACCACUCUUUUUAAUCCGUUAGAAUUGAUAAAUCAUACCUGGAAAGAUGCUUCUGAUGCAGUCAAUGGGGCUGAAAGAUACAUUCAUUGAAUAUUAGGAAAGUGAAUACCGAAGACUAGAUAUGCCAUUGCAUGAUUCAGAAGACUGCCAUCCCUCUACUGAAUUAUGAUACUUCGAAGAUUGGGCCAUGCAACUUCUCAAUGUGGAUGGUGUGUAUCAUUCACUGCUGGACAAGCGAGAUAAAAAAGAUCCUCCAAAUUUGUGGAGCAUAUAGGAAAAAUACAGGAGAUCACAUUUAUAACAUACUCAUCAGGACAUCAGCAUUGACAAAAGUACCGCGGUAGCCUGUAUGACCUUAUA